AUGACCACUAGCAGCGAAGAUGUGCUGCUACAGAUGGGCGAGGUGCGUUACAAGAAGGGAGACGGCACACUCUAUGUUAUGAACGAGCGCUUGGCAUGGAUGGCCGAACACCGGGACACCGUUACCGUUUCCCAUCGCUUUGCGGAUAUCAAAACACAGAAGAUCUCGCCCGAAGGCAAGCCGAAGGUGCAGCUACAGGUGGUGCUGCACGAUGGUAACACGUCGACGUUCCAUUUUGUUAACCGUCUGGGGCAGGCUGCCAUGCUGGCCGAUCGUGACAAAGUUAAAGAGCUUCUGCAGUCGCUGUUGCCAAAUUUCAAACGUAAGGUUGACAAAGAUCUAGAGGACAAGAAUCGCAUCCUGGUGGAGAAUCCAAAUUUGCUGCAGCUUUACAAGGAUUUGGUCAUUACCAAAGUAAUUACCAGCGAUGAGUUCUGGGCAACGCACGCCAAAGACCAUGCUCUUAAAAAAAUGGGCAAGAGCCAGGAAAUCGGUGUGUCAGGCGCUUUUUUGGCGGACAUCAAGCCACAGACGGACGGUUGCAAUGGCCUUAAAUACAAUCUUACCUCUGAUGUCAUACACUGCAUUUUUAAAACAUAUCCCGCCGUGAAACGCAAGCACAUGGAGAACGUUCCUUCCAAAAUGCCCGAAUCGGAAUUCUGGACGAAAUUCUUUCAAUCGCACUACUUUCACCGGGAUCGUCUGACUGCUGGGACCAAAGACAUAUUUACGGAGUGCGGUAAAAUUGAUGAUCAAGCGCUAAAGGCAGCCGUGCAGCAGGGCGCAGGUGAUCCGCUGUUAGAUUUGAAAAAGUUCGAGGAUGUGCCGCUGGAGGAAGGGUUCGGAAGUGUGGCUGGAGAUCGCAAUGUGGUCAACAGUGGCAACAUUGUCCACCAAAACAUGAUCAAGCGUUUCAAUCAGCAUUCCAUAAUGGUAUUGAAAACGUGCGCAAAUGUUAAUGGCGCUCCAGCCCCGGCCACCAACGGUACAAACGCGGCCAAUGGCCCGCUAGGACAAUCUGCCUACACUAAUGGCCUCAAUGGCAAGGCAGCUAAGCAUGCGGUCACUGAGAAUGCGACCAGUACGAGUAGUAAUGAAGCAGCGCCAUCCAAAAAGCAACGACUCAUUGAAAAGAUACACUACGAAGAUUUGGGCGAUCCAGUAAUCGAAGCCGAAGAUCCGCUCCAAUCGACCAAUAAAAGCAAACAAGUCGAACUGUCCAAAGUGGAACGCUACCUCAAUGGUCCGCUGCAGCAUAAUAUAUACGAGAACCAACAGGAUGCACUCAGUCUGGACGAAGUGCAGUAUAAGCUGGUGCGCGAUUCGGAAUCCUGGCUAAAUCGCAGUGCACAGCGCCAUGUUAUUUGCCCAAAGGCGGCGGUCAAUGCUUUAGGUGAACUUAGUCCCGGUGGCCAGCUUAUGCGUGGCUUUCAAGAGCAGUCAGCUGGACAGCUGGUGCCACGCGACUUUCAACGUGACUUGCGGCAUUUGUAUUUGUCGCUCUUGGAGCUUUUAAAACACUUUUGGAAUUGCUUUCCGCCCACAACUGAAGAAUUGGAAGCUAAACUGCAGCGCAUGCAUGAUACUCUACAACGUUUUAAAAUGGCCAAACUAGUGCCUUUCGAGAAUCGUGCCAUGCACGAGGUCUCGCCUCUGCGUUCAUCACUCACACAACACAUGAACCUGCUGCUGCGCACUGCCAACUCCAAGUAUGCAACAUGGAAGGAGCGCAAGCUGCGUAAUAACAGAUAACAUAUGCAGCACCAGCUACAGCAGCAGCAGCAGAAGCAGCCAGUCAUAUGAGAAUCAACAAUAGCAAAGCAUUACAUAUUAGGGGCAUUCGUUUAGAGCCCGCGUCGCAUUCAAAUACAUACAUACAUAUAUACAUAUAUGAGUUACGUAUAAAUAUAUUGAUUAAGUCAUAUAACCACUGUAACGUGUCCAUUAUGUGGUGCUUAUAAAUUAUACAUCAGACUGUCAAUUCAACAGUUGUUUAACUGGA